AUGGCGGAGGUGGCACCAACCAUCAUCAUCGUUCCACCCAGGGAGAUCCUCAUCAGGAAGUUUCAUGGGGACAGCCAUGGCUAUGAGGUGGACCGGUUCAUCAAAGAGGUCCAGUCCCUCUGGAAGGCCAGGGGAAACCUCUCAGUAGAAGAGAGGAAGGACCUCCUCUGGCAGUACCUGGGGGAAGCGGUGAGAGAGGAGCUGAGCUGCAGGGGUGAUGACCUGCAGCACGACCCAGAAGCCACCCUCAGGCUCCUCAGAGAGGUGUACGGCGAGAAGAGGAGAGUACCGCAGCUCAUGGCCCAGUUUCAGAUGGUUGUACAGGGCCAACACGAGUCGGUGAGGGCCUACUCACACCGACUGCACAGGGCCUUCAAGACCCUGGUUACGAGGCAGAGUGCCCUGCAGGUCCCACAGACUGAUGCAGGGUUUCUUCGAGACCAGUUUGUGGAAAACCUGAGCCAGGCCACAGUCAGACGCCAUCUGCACGAGCUGAUUUUCCGGGACCCCAAGAUCCCCUUCCUGGCCAUACGUGAUGCGGCCAUUCGAUGGUCUGGAGACAAGGACCCUCUUGCUGAACCUGCCUACGUGGCAGCAAUAAAUUCCAGGCCCAUUGAAAAAUGUUCGUUCAGGUCCAAGCUGGAGGACAAAGUCAACAGGCUCACAGAGCAGCUUGCUGCUCUGCUGAAGCACUUUACGCGGGACCCCAAAUUUUCCAAUGUGUGCCAAGCACCUCGCAAGCGCACGGAGGUCCAAUCAAAGGGCUGCUUUAACUGUCACCAGAGGGGUCACCUCGCCCGUCAUUGCCAUAGGGCAAAGAAAUAUGUGCCCAAAGGGAAUCAAGUGACACCGAAGGUAUGGCGAGGGGACAAGGUCCUCCGCCCCCGCGAAAGGACUCUGGUGCCUGCCAAGGGUGUACCAACCAUUCAGGCGACGGAAGGAGACUCCAGAAUGAAGGACGACAAGGUGGUACAGCCAUUAGACCAACCUUUUCACCCAGAUCCGUCAGUGGUAUCAGGCCCAACAUCCUGCCUACGCGCCAGCAUAACCAGUGUAAAGGUGGACCAAUCUGAGGAACUAGAGGCAAUGGUUCCACCUAACCCAUCCUUAAUUAAGGCACCAGGUGGUGGUGCUGGGGCAUGCCCCCAGACAGAGUCAAGCAAGAAGGACAAACAGGUCAAAAAGGCACCUGUAGCUGAACUGGCCAUAGGCGACCUGGUCCUUCUGAGACAACCCCCACUUGGCAGACGCAAAAUGGCAGACCUGGACGGCCCGACAGUUUAUGUCGUUGUCGAAUUACCUCCGAUCACCGGCGGGGGUUACGCCAUUAAAAAGAAAGAUGGCCCUUCUGGCACCCGCCGGGUGGCCAGUACACAGAUUAGGAGAUAUGUGCCUCCCAAGGCUCAACCGCCCUCCCCAAGGCCGGUCAAAGUUGUACCGCCGGCUGCUACAGCCACAUCGUCUGAUUUUUUUGCAGAAUUUUGUUUUUUGUAACAUUUAUGAUUGUGCCCUGUGGGCUGAUUUUUUUGCAAAAUUUUGUUUUUUGUAAAAUUUAUGAUUGUGCCCUGCGGGCUGAUUUUUUUGCAAGUUCUUUUGCAAAAUUGUGAUUGUGCAAAGUUUUUGUAUUUUUGUAACAUUUAUGAUUAUGCCCUGUGGGCUGAUUUUUUUCAAGUUAUUUAGCUUGCGGUGACCGCAAGCUUUAAGGGGCGUGUAUGUGAGCGGCUGGAGUGUGUUUAUCUGUUAUUAUAAUUAUUUGUAACUAAGAAGGCGAAUGUCGCUUUUUAUGUUCCUUUGAGGAUUGUUGUGGUUUUUAGUUAAGUAGUCCGCUAUUAUGGCGCUGAUAUGAUUUUUAUUUUAAAAUGAUUGCUAGCCUGGUUAUUGUGUCUUGCUUAUAUUUUGAUGUUAUUAUUUAUGCAAACUUUGUUUUGGAUUGUUGCUCCACUUUGCUUUAUGUCCUGAAUGUUACUUAUUAUUGUAUUAGGGACUAUUUUCUUGUGCGUAGCAUUGGUUUCUUUGUUCGUAGUAUUGGUUUCUUUGUUCGUGAAUGUGGUGUGUCGACAUGGAGGGACAUUCUGCUGGAAUGUCGAGGCCUGUGUGUUGAAGAGUUUCUGUGUCACGUUUAUGUGGUGUAUGGACGGUGGUCCGAAAUUGGGUGUUUUGUUCUGUUGAGUUCUGUUUCUGUUUUGUAUGUCUCCAGUGUUCUGUUUUACCUAAAUUCUAGUUUGUUUAUAACUUUUGGUUCCAUAUUUAUUAUUU